UAGCUGAAUCAUGAUAAGAUUGCGUACAGUAUAAUUCAAGUUCCUUGUUCUGCAGAGAACUUGAGCACAAUCUCAUAAAAGGAAACAGUGGUAGCAUUAUCAAGAUUAGCUGAUUCAAAGAGUUUCCUGUGGACGUGCUGAAAGCAGCUCCUGAGAACACUGCAGACAUGCAGGCUCAUCGCAAACCAGGUAUCAUUGCAGGAUUGCUGCUCUGGUGCUGUUCCUUGGCAGACCGUUCUUAUGAAGCUGGAUUCACCUUGUCAAAUGGUUCAUUUGUUGCGCCCUGUACAAUCACCUCCUGUGACACCAGACAAUAUCAUUUAGUGACAACUUCGAAGACCUGGACUGAAGCGCAGAGCCAUUGCAGACGAAAUCACACGGACCUGGUCACUGUGUACCUCCAGGAAGAAGCAGAUCACCUGUACAAUAUAAUGAAAAAUACUUCUCUUAAACGCAUCUGGAUUGGGCUGCAUCGUGACAAUGUGAAGACACCCUGGAAGUGGUCUGACGGAGGGGUUUCAUCAUUUCAGCACUGGCAAAAAGGGAGCCCAAGUAGUGAGAACGACGACAACUGUGUAAUCAUGCUUCAGUACGUGGGAGGUCAAUGGGUAGAUGUGAAUUGCAGCCUUUCUUACCCCUUCUUUUGCUAUACAGACAUUGAUGAGUGCGCCCAAAACCCCUGGCUCUGUGGUCCGAAUGCACAAUGUACCAACACUGUCGGCAGCUACACCUGCUCCUGUAAUCCUGGAUUAUUUCCUAACACUGGAUUGGAAUGGAUACUCAAUCAAACACGGUGUGAAGAUUUAACAAAAAUCCAAGAUGGGAAAACCUGCAACAUUAAUACAGGAACAUCGAGUAACCUAACCAGUUCCUCUGCCUGGUUUUGUUUCAUCACUAACUUCAGUUCAACUAACAUUACAUCUGGAUAUCAGCUGCAGCAAGCAGCUGGUGUUUUAAGCUCUGCUCUGAACGACACUUCCUUGUGGAGUAACCUGACCAUAGAAGAGAAGUCUGUUGCAGCUGAAUCAUACCUGGACACCGUAGAGAGGGCAGUGCUGCAGUUGACUGAGCCUUCAGACAUUCUGUUAAGGAAAAAUGUGCGCUCAGCCAAUCUAGAUAUGGAGUUGCUGAUUAUACCAGUCAAACACAAUGCAUCAAAGGAACAGUUACAAGCCAAUAAAAACACACUGGACAUUAAGUUGGGAAAAGUUAUGGAAGAGAAAAAGAAAGACUAA